AUGCCCAUCAAUAAGGCACAAGAAAAAACGCUCCAAUUAGACGGUGACGAAUCGGAACUGGAUUUUUCUUAUGAUGAAGAUGAAUUCCCAAAUGAUGAACUAGACCAACUUUUACAAGAAUUUAAUAGUAAUUAUACUCUUGAUACCGAAAUAGAUAAUUCUAAUAUUAAUAAUGUCCUUACUGAUAAUAAUAUAUUGCCUAUGAUCACAUCAAAAAAAAAUAUAAAAUGGAUACAACAACCAUUUAAUACUCCUAAUAUUGAAUUAGAUGAUCUUGAUAUUACAGAUCCAGUAAUUGUUUUACGUAAUCCGAUCGAUUAUUUUAUGCACUAUUGUAAUGAUUAUUUUUUUGAAACUCUUGCAUUCAAUACUAAUUUGUACGCUAUUCAAAAAAAUUUAACCAAUUUUAAAGCAACAAAUCAACAAGAAAUACGAGUGCUAAUUGCAAUACAUUUAAUUAUGGGUUGUCUUAAAUUUCCUAGAGUUAGGAUGUAUUGGGAAGAAAAUUUUAAAGUACCAAGUGUUUUCAAUUCUAUGUCAAGGGACCGUUUUUUUCAACUCAGACAAAAUUUACAUAUAAUUAAUAAUUUAGACAUUCCAAAUAACAAUCAUGAUAAAUUUGUUAAAAUCCGUCCACUGUACGAUCUAAUAAAAAAAAAAUGUAAUGAAUUACCAAAAGAAAGAAAUCUUUGCAUAGACGAACAAAUGGUACCUUUUAAAGGUAAAUUAUCUGUUAAGCAAUAUAUGCGCGGUAAGCCAUGCCCAUGGGGUGUUAAAAUAUUUGUUUUAGCUUCAGAAAAUGGAAUGAUUUACGAUUUUAUACUGUAUCAAGGAAGUUCUACCGAAUUAAGUCAACAUAAUUUAAAUUUAUUUGGUCUUGGAGCAUCAGUUGUCUUGCAUCUCGUGCACACUCUCUACAAUCUUGGUAUUUAUGCGGCUGGAACAGUAAGACCAAAUCGUUUCGCUAAACCUCCUUUAUUACUUGAUAAGCAAAUGGCCAAAUUGGGUAGAGGGGCCACGUUUGAAAUAAGAUCUGACGUUAAGAAUUUAUUUAGUAUAGGCUUAGAACAAUUGAUACAGUACAAAGAUAUGAUAAAAAAAAAAGAAUAUAUCACUGUAGAAAGACCGGAGAUCGUAAAAUUAUACAAUUCAAGUAUGGGCGGAGUAGACAAAAGCGAUCAGUUAAUAAGUUUUUAUAGAACUUUUAUUAAAUCUAAAAAAUGGACUUUACGCCUUAUCACCCACGCUUUUGAUUUAGUUGCUAGCAAUUCCUGGCUUCAAUACAAAAAGGACGCUACUGAAUUGUGUUUACCAAAAAAAAAAAUAUUAGAUUUGUUACAUUUUCGUCUACAGUUGGCAGAUGAAUUAAUACGUUCUACGCGAAAAAUAGUGACAGCAAAGAAAAGUAAGGUGGGACGACCAACUAGAUUAACUUAUAGUUCACCAAAUUUUGAUACUGCAAGUACAAGUUUUAGUCAUCUUCCUUCACCUUCUCCUACGUCGUCAUCAUACUCUUUAAACCAAACAAAAAGUCGUACUGACAGUCCAAUCGCUUCAGAUGCUGUUAGGUAUGACCGAAUAUACCACAUGCCACAAAUGGAUAGCUUGAAAAACGCGACAAAGUGCAAAAAUCCAACGUGCUCAAGAAACAACAGAACACAUUUUUUUUGCAAGAAAUGUAAUGUCCACCUAUGCUUAACGAGAGACAGAAAUUGUUUUGAAGAAUAUCAUACUAAAGUUUAA